CGUUGCUGUGGACUGAGACGGGGACGUGAGCGCCAAUUCAGGGCAGCCAGGGUGUCUGUGAGCCCCCCACAUCUGCUCGGUGUGCGUGCUGACCUUCGAGGGGCUGCGCUUUAAUGGAGGACCACAUGACGGGGCACAACAAGGGGAAGCGUUAUGAGUGUGACGUGUGUGGCAAGGCCUGGCAGAAGCCGUCCCUGCUGGAGAUCCACCGGCGGGUGCACACGGGUGAACGACCCUUCGACUGCUCGGAAUGCGGCAAGAGCUUCACCAGCUCCAGUACCCUGCAGGGGCACAACCGCGUGCACUCCAGCAAAUAUCCCUUCACCUGUUCUGACUGUGGCAAGAGCUUCAAGACGGCGAAUCAACUGAAGAAGCACUGGCAGGUGCACACGGGCGAGAAGCCCUAUGGCUGCUCCACCUGCAGCAAGAGCUUUGCCCAGUCGUCGGCGUUGUGGAGGCACCGGCGGGUGCACAGCAGUGAGCAGCCCUUCACCUGCUCCAACUGCGGCAAAGGCUUCAAGUCGUCCAAACAACUGAAGGUGCACAUGUGCCUGCACACUGGGGAGCGGCCCUACACCUGUGCCCAAUGUGGCAAGGGCUUCACCCAGUCCCACAACCUGCUGUUGCACCAGCGCACCCACACCGGCGAGCGUCCCUACACCUGCAUCCAGUGCGGCAAGGGCUUCACCAGCCCCACCAGGCUGCUGUCCCACCAGCGCACCCACACCGGCGAGCGCCCCUACACCUGCGCCCAGUGCGGCAAGGGCUUCACCCAGUCCGGCAUCCUGCUAGAGCACCAGCGCACCCACACCGGUGAGCGCCCCUACACCUGCGCCCAGUGCGGCAAGGGCUUCACCCGCUCCAGCAACCUGCUGGUGCACCAGCGCACCCACACCGGCGAGCGCCCCUACACCUGCGCUCAGUGCAGCAAAGGCUUCACCAGCUCCUCCAAGCUGCUGUCCCACCAGCGGGUGCACACCGGUGGGCGUCCCUUCACCUGUGCCCAGUGCGGCAAGGGCUUCACCCAGUCCAGUCACCUGCUGGAGCACCAGCGCACCCACACCGGCGAGCGCCCCUUCACCUGCGCCCAGUGCGGCAAGGGCUUCACCAGCUCCUCCAAGCUGCUGUCCCACCAGCGGGUGCAUGCCAACGACUGUCCCUUCCCCAGCCUGGUGCGUGGUGAGAGUUUUGCCAUGGCCUCCCAUGCCUUGUCUCACCAGCACGUGCACACCAGUGGCCAGCCCUACGACUGCCCGUACUGUGGUGAGGAGUUUGACAGCUCACGGGGG